AUGAUCAGAUUCACCACCGUAUUCCACUUUGUUGUUACGGUAAUUUAUAUAAUAGGAGCCAUUGAAGACGUAGCUGUAAUUAGCGGGCCAGCCCUUCCGAUACCGGGAAACUACUUCUCAAAGAUAGUCUGGUUGACAAUCAUUGAUUUGGCUGUCGGGACUUUGUUUUGGGGGCUUUACCUGACCAAUCGUGAUUUUAUUGUGCCAAAAGGUUUUGCUGAUCCUAUGGAAGUUCAUCCAUACUUUAAUCAUAUUCUUGUGCGUAAUUUUUUAAAAGUUUUGCACACCUUACCCGUCGUAGCUAUGUUUCUUGAUCGUGUCUUCUGGGACCAUGGUAGAACAAAGCGAAAGAAAGCUAUUAUAGCCAUGCUGGCUUUUAUUAUAAUUUAUAUACAUUCAUGUGAUACACGCAAUUUCUGGGUUUUGGCCGUAUGGUAUAUUAAACAUGCUAUCUACGAUCCCCAGAAUGUUGUUUCUUUUAUCUGGUGGUAUGGUGCUUGUCAUGUCGUAUUUCGUCGGUGA